AUGGUGAAUGAUCUUCUGAUUUAUAAUGAUAAAUUAAUAAAAAAUACUGAAGAUCGCUAUACAUCAAUACCAGGAUUUACCAAGAUUCAUGAUUUUGAUCAUAUUGGUGUAGGACAAUAUGCUUUUUUCACGUCAAUAGCGACAGCAAUAACAAAAUCGGAAUUAAUUUAUUUACAACCGGGCAUACAUGUUAUUGAUGUUGCAGCUCGAGCUAUCGGCAAUAUGCCAGUUAACAUUUAUUUUGGUGUACUAACUAUUGAAUUAAUUCAAUAUGAUAACGGGGUAAAUAUUGGUGAACUAAUACCCAUCAAUACUACAUUAAUUGGUUGA